ACUUUCAACAGGUAAUGGGAAGGAGAGAGUUCUCAUCCUUCUCAUGGAAAAAGGAAGUGCCAAUGAAAAUAAGUCCCAGUAUUAUGCUUGAAGCUAUCAUCUCCCGUGCACAACUGUCAAUCCAAUUCCAAGAACCAUUUUCGAACCUACUAACCCAGUGCCUAUUUCGCAAUCAAGGUUUUGUUCCAUGACCUCUCUUCAACAUUUGGACUAACUGAAGUUGAAGGUCUCUCUGAGGAUCUCCAGAAAAAGAUUCUGGAGAAACGACGUUACUGAAACAGGAUAGAGCCUUGGGAUUGAAGGUUCAUGAUACCUGUUAAUGGAUAUUUCGGAAGUCAUCGCCCUUCACGCAGAUGACCUUGAAUUCGUCAAAGUCGACGACAUCCUCGACGACUUGUGGGAGAAGAACAUCCUGCCUGAUGCAGAAUGUUUUGCCGCCCGGGAAACGGAAUCUCCAGCACAAAGGUGGCUGCAUCUGCAGGAAUGGCUCGCUAGGGGAGACGACAGUGCUUUCUGUGGUUUCUUGGAAUGUUUAAGGGAACGAGGCCAUGAAAGCCUUGCGGACCGAAUGAUCGCAGAGAGAAAUGAGCCUCCAAGUUCCUUGGACGGCUUAUUCCUGUCAAACUGGAAUUUCCUGAGAAGCCACUUGGACGUCGACAGAGUCGCAAAUAAAUUGUACGACUCAGGGGUUCUGUCGUCAGAAGAUGUGGAUGAGAUCAUGGCUUCCCCAGAUUUGGGGGACCAGAGAAUCAUCUUCUUGACGAAAAUACUGGCUGUGAUCGAGCCAAAGACAUUUGAUAAAUUUCUUAAAGCUCUUGAAGAGGCUGGACAGAGCUUCAUAUCUUCAAAACUUCAGGCCCAAUGGGAUGCCACUGAUGCAGGCGAUUCUGAUCGAGCAAGUAUCCUACUAAGCAAAAUUCCCUCUGAAAAUGAAAUAUGGGAAAUUGCUGGGAAGCUGAGUAAAGCAUGGGCCCGAUGGGAGGACCUUGGGAAGGAGCUGGGACUCGAUCAUGACGUUCUUCAAAGAGUACAACGAAUGAGCAGAACCGCCUUCAGGAGCACAUACCUUCUUUUGAGCGAGUGGAGAAAGCUUUCCUGUGCCUCCAAACACUCUUUCUUUAGAGCGUUGUGUGAAGCUCUGAGCAAGUUAGGCAUGAAGCUCGAGGCCGAAAAAAUCGUCGACUUCAUUUGUAAGAAGAGCCAUGAUGACAACCGCAAGGACUUAGACUUUUGGAUAAAAGACAUCUUCAACUCUGCUUCUUCAGAUGAAGCUAUCAAGACUGUCUCUUCAGAAGAAGUGCUGAUGACUCCAAGUGAGAAGAUAGAGAGAAUGCCUUAUCUCCACGAAGCAGUGCCCAGGAAAGAAAGUGGAACCCCUCAAACGUCCUCGGAUCGAUCGAGCUGUGUUGCCCACUCAAGCACCCAUGUAAACAGACGGUUGAAAAUUUGCAUUUUGGGAGUGACAGGAACAGGGAAGUCUACUCUCGGAAAUGUUCUCCUUGGCUUUGAACAUGAUGACGGCGAGCACGGGUUUGACACAAGUUCGAGGGUAGGCAGCAGUACUAUCUCCGUCCGUGCGAUGGAUGGUUUCUGGCUUGGAGACGAAAACAGGCCCAUUCGCAUCAUCGAUGCACCUGGGCAUGGAGACGCGAGUGGGAGGGACUUGCAAUUCAGGCAGGAACUCGUGGAAAAGCUUCGAGAAGAGGGCCAUGUUGACGCUUUUAUAUGGGUGAAAAAUUCCCAGCAUCCACGAUUCGAUAAGCAGGAGGCUCAACAUCUAGAUUUGCUUCGUCGAAUGUUUGGUGGUGGAUUUUUCCAAAACAUGGUGGUUGUCUUCAGUCGAUGGAGCUUCAGUGCAGAAGCAGAACGCCGACGCAGCCGACAUCGACAACCCAUCAAGUUGGAGGACGUCAAAAAGGACUUUUUGACAUCUUUGUUUCUUCCCCAUACAGGUUACGAGAAUCAAGACACGAUACCCAUGAUGGCUGUCGAUGCCUUCUAUGACGUACUAGAUGAGAGAGAGAAUGCAGCAUUUGAAGAGGAAACGAUGAACCUCUGGCAGGAAAUCAGCAGAUGCAGUUCCACACCAGUGGAUAAUAUCGAGGUAGCCUAUGAAAAAAUCGAGCAGAUGGAGAACGAAGCAGAAGAACUUAAAAAAACGGUGGACAGAAUGGAAAAAGAAUUGCUUGUGAUGCAGAAGAAGAACGCGAAACUCAAGAAACAGAAAAGAGAACUCAAAAUGCACCAGGAAGCAGAACACCGGAAGCAGGUGGAGGUCUUUCGAAAACGUCUGGAAGAAAGUAUGUCCAAAGUCCAGCGGGAAAAAGAGAGGUUGAAAGGUCCUUCUUGGGUGAAAAUCAUCCAACACCUGGGAGAGGAGUUGGACCUGGGAAACGCAUUGAACUGGUCAUGGGAGAUUUUAAUCAAGAGGUUCUUUGAAUUCUGGAGUAGAGACUGAACUGUGUCCGGUA